AUGGAUAACAUAUUAUGUUGGAAUGUAAGGGGACUGAAUGAUAGACAAAAACAAAUUGAGGUGAGGAAAUUGAUUGCCUCGCAUAAUGUUAAACUAUUCAGUCUCCUUGAAACUAGAGUGAAAGCUACCAACAUGGGAAACCUGUAUCUAAAUGUAUGCCCAGGUUGGUGUUUUCACUCUAAUAGCUCCUGUCACAACAAUGGCCGAAUUGUUAUUGAUUGGCUCCCGAAUGUGUACACAGUUAACAUCAUUGAGACUCACUCCCAAUUGAUCCACUGCUACAUCAGCAUUGCCAAUGGUUCCCACUUCUACCUCACUUGUGUCUAUGGCUUCAAUGGAAAGGAGGAGAAGGGCCCACUUUGGGACACCCUGAGGAGAAUCCACAACGAUGUAAAAGGAAAGGCCUGGUGCAUGGCUGGUGAUUUUAAUGCUGUCAUGAACAAGGGGGAGAGAAUAGGGGCUCCAGUCCGGUGGAAUGAUAUUCAGCCCAUGCUUGAUUGCAUGGAAACCUGUGGAUUGGAGGAUAUGAAAUCGUCGGGGAGAUAUUAUACGUGGACAAACAAGCAAGAUGGAGAGGACAGGGUUCUUUCCAAGAUCGACAGAGCCGUAUGCAACCCCAACUGGUGUAACCUCUUCCUAAAUGUUGAAACCAUCUUCCUCCCUGCAGGUGAUUUUGACCACACACCGAUGUUGAUUAAGUUGUUCCCCACUCCAGCUGGCAAGAAACCCUUCCAAUUCUUCAACCACUGGAGUCUCCAUAAGGACUUCCAUGCCACUAUCAGACAAACAUGGAAAACUGACAUCCAAGGGCGGCUAAAGCUCAGUUGGAAGUUAGCCAGAACUAGAUGCAUGAAAAUCCCCAUGAUAACAGCCUCAUCGCAAAUGAAUUUGAAGCACUCUAGACCUAUAAGCAAAUCUCAAAACAAUACCAUUGCUGGCUGCAGCAGAAAUCAAAGAUCCACUGGCUCCAGGCGGGGGACUCAAACUCUAGAAUAUUCUUCAACAAACCAACUGGUAGAAGAUAUUGUAGACCUUGGGGGGAAAGUUACAGACGCUCACAAAAGAAUCCUAGAGUGCCAUUUCACAGACAAGGAGAUUAAGGAUGCUAUGUUCUCCAUUCCUUCCAACAAGGCGCCAGGUCUAGAUGGAUAUAAUAGCCACUUCUUUAAAGCUGCUUGGCACAUAGUUGGGGGUGAUGUUAUUAAAUCCAUCAGGGACUUCUUCAGAAUUGGAAAACUCCUUAAGGAGAUAAGUGUCACGACACUGACUAUGGUCCCAAAAAUACAAACCCCAAGCAGGGUGGGCGACUAUAGACCCAUAGCUUGUUGCUCCACAUUAUACAAGUGCAUCUCAAAACUCCUAUGCAACAGACUUAGCUUGAUACUUCCUGACAUCAUUAGCCCCAACCAGGGAGCGUUCUUCAACAGAAGAAGCAUCAUGCACAAUACCUUGAUUUGCCAAGAUAUGAUGAGGUUCUACAGACCAAGCCAAAUCCAACCAUGUUGCAUGUUCAAACUUGAUGUGAAAAAGGCCUAUGACACGGUGGAUUGGGACUUCAUGACUCAGUUUAUGGAGGCGAUAUGA